UUAUGAGAGAAUGAAUAGAGAAAAAUGAUUAGUUUUGGAUUCGUGGGCAUGAGCAGGGAGGGUGUGUGAUUGGGUUGAAAGCAAGUGUGGAAAUAUAGGAGGGAUGGAAGAGAUGGAGUUGAUUGAAGAAGCGAAGAAGAGAUGCACAAGGGUGAUGGAGAGAGUAGAAAGGCUGGAUACCUCCAAAAUCACAGCUUCCUGCAAGGGCACUCUCCUCAAAUUGGCCGGCUCUGAGCUUAAUUUCCUCUCCUCUACUCAUCUCCACCAAUCCCUCCCCCUCAGUGUCAACAUUGGUCAUCUGGAGGCUGUGGUUCACAUUCUUGAGCAGCCUUUCAUCACCGGAGUGUCGCGGGUCUGCAAGCCGUUUCCCCUCUCACCCACAAUUGGAAAUGGUGAGAAAAGUGAUUGUGGUGCUGCAAAGGGUGUCUAUCUUGAUAUAGUGUGCACUCUCAAUAGAAACCCAGUUUGGUUUAUUGUGUCUGAUAGGAAUCCGAAGUAUGUUUCUUGGGAUGAGUGUUCUGGUAAUAAGGGGUUAAGAACCCGAAUCCAACAAGUCCUUGAUGCAGCCCGGUCCUCACUCACAUUGAAGCCUUCAUCUGUAAUUCUUUUCUUCUCUAAUGGUCUUGACCAAUGUGUUUGUGAGAAGCUUCAAGGUGAAUUUGGGGCCUAUGAGUGUGCAGUAGAGUUUCCUGAUUGUAGUUUUGAUUUUUUGGAGGAACCAGAAAGUGAGUGGAUAAAUGUAUUUGCCAGAUCAUAUCGAGGGGCAUGCAUCCUUGAAAUAAAGGUUGAUCAUGUCAGCCCCUCUGUAUUAGUCUAUGACGUCAAGGACUCACCCCCAGAUGCUGUUGGAACACAGAUCCCUGAGAAGCACAUUGAUAUAAGCUUGGGUGCUUCUUUCUCUUCUCUCAUUUCGGGAAUGAAAUUUUGCUGCUUGCAUGCAGAAGGAGUGGAGACCCUUUUAGGUCAAGAUGAUCUGAUCAAUUUUGACACAACUGCUUUGAUUGCUGUUGUAUCGGGAAUCAGUAAUGGUGGUACUGAGAAACUUCUGGCUGCACCAGAGACUGAAAUGAGGCUGCGCUUUAAGGGCAACUAUAAAUUUGUUAUUGCACAGGUGUUGUCGGAAAUUCAGAAUCCAAUACAUGUGGAACUGUCUGGGUUAACAUCUGGAAAAAGAGGUAUCAUAUGUGAAACUGUUCAUUCAGAGUUCAAAGAGCUGGUAUCAAUGUGUGGAGGGCCCAAUGAAAAGUUGAGAGCUGAUCAAUUACUGAAGUGCCUCAUGGUUGUGCCUGAUAGUCCUUCAGCACGCAUGAUGGGCCUCCCGACCACAAGAAAGCUAGCAUUGAAGAACAAGGUUGUUUUUGGCACUGGAGAUUACUGGCAUGCCCCAACUUUAACAGCAAACAUGGCAUUUGUGAGAGCCAUUUCGCAGACUGGGAUGUCUCUGUUUACCAUUGAGCAUAGACCACGGGCUUUAACUGGCAAUUAGUGACUUAUAUGUACAAACCACACAUGCUUUCAUGGAGAGCCCCUAUUGUCCAUAGAAGCAUUUGAUUGUCAAAUUGGCAGUCAAUUGUCGGUUUUGCAUUUGCAGAUAAGUUGUUAAACCAUCCUUUGCUGUUCACGAUUUUGCUGAGCAGGUUAGCCUUGUGUAAAGGGUUUGAGCUAUUAUGACCUGUUUCCCACUUCUUUCGGCUUUACCUAAAAUGCCUUAAAGCUACCACGGGUUGUUGACCCAUCUUUGGUACAGAAAAGGUAUGUUGCAUAUACUGCAAUUCUGUUUUGCUACAAUAUUUAACUUUAUUCUCAUACAGGAAAAGAAAUUUGAUGUCUACACAAGCUUAGGAGGCAGUGCAAGCUACGAUAAAGAACAGAGCUUCCAUCUAAAGAAUGGGAGUAUAGUGAGAUAGAUCUAGAGUUUUAGUCUAAACCUACAGUCACUUGCUCUGAUGCUGAUCAGGUUAUUAGCACUUAAGCUAUCUACCACCAACAAGCAUUCUACCAAGAAUCGCACUUUCUUCAACUUCAACUUUCCCAGCUUGAUUGCCACUGGCACAUCAACCUUAAGAUCCAAGGGUAUGCGUCUCUUCUGUUGUUGCUCCUGCAAUGCUGUCAUCAAAGUGCUCCCAUAUUGUGUUUGCCCGGUUAAUACCACGUUGAGCACAGUGGUGUUCUGGUGGCCCUGGUAGAAUUUUGGCAGUGACCCAUGACACAGCUUGGUGUUUGUAUACCAAACACUCAGUUUACCCCCUUUCUCGUAGUAAAUACCAAUUUUCUUGUUUGGGUUAUUGGCCUUGAUCUUCAUGUCGAAUUUAGCAUACAGGGUCAUGUCAUAGUUGAGUUGGAAGUCUGUUAUUCUCAGGCUAUCAACUGAAUACUUGGGAAGUUUUGGCUGGAAGACAAGGUAAAGAACACCAGCUAUGGCUCCAACAAUAACCAACAGCAGGACAAGGAGGCUGAUUGUCCAACACAUGCAUUUGCAGCAGCAGCUUCUCUUUGGUGGUUUUGAGUGGAUGACUGGAAUGGUACGCUGCAAUGGAGGAUCUGGAGGAUGCUGAAAUGGGUCACCUUUUUCUGAUCUAAAUGAGCCACGAGGGACUAGAGGCUCUGUCGGCGGUGCUUCUGGGUCCACAACCGGAUGAAUUUUCUGAUGAUCCGCCAUUAGCAUGUCUAUACCUGCAGUGACUCUUAUGCAAUGGAACGCAGUUGUAGCACCUUUUCUCAAUUUUGGAAUGGAGUGAACUUCAUCUAAAAGGCUUUGGUAAUGUGUUGAUGGCAUUAUAUA